GAUGUGUGAGCGCAGUCUCUACAGAGCGGGCUAUGUGGGCUCGCUUCUGAAUCUGCAGUCGCCUGACUCCUUCUACUUCUCCAACCUGCGGCCGAAUGGCGGCCAGUUGGCCGCGCUCCCCCCCAUCUCAUACCCGCGAGGCGCGCUGCCCUGGGCCACCACGCCUGCCUCCUGCGCCCCAGCGCAGCCUGCCAGUGCCACGGCUUUCGGCAGCUUCUCACAGCCCUACCUGGCUGGUUCCGGGCCGCUUGGCCUACAGCCCCUGGGCGCCAAGGACGGACCCGAAGAGCAGGCCAAGUUUUAUGCGCCCGAUGUGGCUGCCGGGCCGGAGGACCGUGGCCGUGCGCGGCCGCCCUUCGUCCCCGAGUCUAGCCUGGCCCCCGCGGCCGCGGCUCUCAAAGCGGCCAAGUAUGACUACGCGGGUGUGGGCCGCGCGGCAGCGGGCUCUGCAGCCCUGCUCGAGGGGACCCCCUGCGCUGCCGGCUUCAAGGAAGACGCCAAGGGCCCGCUCAACUUGAACAUGACAGUGCAGGCUGCGAGCGUCGCCUCUUGCCUGCGACCUUCGCUGCCCGAUGGCCUGCCGUGGGGGGCGGCCCCAGGGAGGACCCGCAAGAAGCGGAAACCCUACACCAAGCAGCAGAUUGCGGAGCUGGAGAACGAAUUCCUCCUCAACGAAUUCAUCAACCGCCAGAAGCGCAAGGAAUUGUCCAACAGGCUGAACCUCAGCGACCAGCAGGUCAAAAUCUGGUUCCAGAACCGGCGUAUGAAAAAGAAGCGCGUGGUCCUGCGCGAGCAGGCGCUGGCUAUGUACUAGCCCCCCGCGUGGUCGCGGCCGGCCAGGGCUGCCUUUGAAAGCCGAGGCCUGGCGGGAAGGAAGAGCUGGGAGUAGGGGCUUUUCCUUCGCGCCUUCUUCGCUGG